AUGGAGAUCCUGCCGGUCACCAGCCAGUUUAACGUCGGAUUCAGUAGUGAAAAAGCAUGGAGUGGGCCCGCGUGGCGGGAGGCGCCGGUGCCGGUGCCCACGGAGGCGGCGCUGGCUCAGCGGCUGGAGCGGGAGCUCAGGGCGGCGAAGGGGGCGAGCGAGCUAGCGACGGCCGAGGUGCUGGUGCCGGCGGAGCUGCUGGCCAGGGCGGCCAGGCAGACCCUGGCGCUGGCAGAGGGCGAGCCGUGCGGCUCGCGCGGCGCCGCCGUCAUCGUGGACGUCGCCGGCCGCCGGCUGGCCGCCUUCAAGAUCGACCCCAACACCUCACCACGCACGAGAUACACUUACACCUGGAGCACGACGCGACCAACUGGACUAGCCUGCUACCGCAAUUCC